GGGAACCAGGUGAAAUCUACAGGAACUGCACUUCCCACGGCUGGACUGACUCUUUCCCACCGCAUGACAUUGCGUGCGAGAAUGCUUUUGACACAUUCAGCUUUCCUGGGGAGACCGCCGAAACCCACCUGUACUUCCUCUAUGUGAAAACAAUGUAUACAGUGGGCUAUGCCAUUUCUUUAAUCUCCCUGUCCAUCGCUAUAUCAAUACUUUGUUUCUUCAGGAAGCUGCACUGUACACGCAACUACAUCCACAUCCAGCUCUUCCUGUCCUUCAUUCUGCGUGCAGCCUUCAUUUUCAUCAAGGACUCUGUCCUCUUUUCCACAGAGGACUUCUACCACUGCAACUCUUAUCCGGUGAGCUGUAAACUUGUGCUGCUCUUCUCCCAUUACUGUAUCAUGGCCAACUACAGCUGGCUGCUGGUGGAGGGUCAUUACCUUCAUGCACUCAUCCGUGUCUCCUUCUCCAAGAGACUCUAUUUCUGGUGUUAUAUGCUCUUGGGCUGGGGGGCACCCUCAGUGGUUAUAGUAGCCUGGGGCUUGGCAAAAUACCUCCACGAAGAUGAAGGAUGUUGGGAAACCAGGAAAUAUGACUGGAUCUGGUGGAUCCUCAGACUCCCCGUCCUCCUGUUCAUCACUAUUAAUUUGUUAUUUUUUCUGAGUAUAAUAAAAAUACUGGUGGGGAAGCUAAGGAAGCCGGAUGUGCAUGGUAAUGCUUUCAGUCAGUACAAGAAGCUGGUCAAAUCCACUUUCCUCUUAGUGUCUCUCUUUGGCCUGCAUUAUAUACUCUUUGCCUUCUUGCCUGACAAAGUAAAUGAUUUAACAUAUAAAAUUUGGAAUUUUGUUGAACUUGCCCUAUCAUCCACCCAGGGUUUUGUGGUUGCAGUUCUAUACUGUUUCCUAAAUGGGGAGGUGCAGCACGAGUUCCGGAGGAAGUGGAGGAGGUGGAAGCUCCGAGAGCUGCAUAGAGGCGCCAGGCAACACCAUGGCUCCAUGAGCCAGAGCGGCGCACCGCUCACCCAGGUCUCCCUGUUCCCUCGAGGCCCCACAGCAUGUUCGUCCCAGCUCGGUGGUGAACCUUCACGCCGGCCCCAGGAGCGAAACCAGAAGCACCACCAGGAAACUUCUGUGCACAUAGACAGAACAUGCAACUCCACACCGACUGAGCUAGAUUCCAGCCAUGUCUCAACCAUCACCUGA